CCGCCGCCCGCCCUGGUCGCCGCUUGGGAUCUGCGAGCACUGCGCUGCGGAUUCUCAGCGGACUGCGAGUGCAGCUUUGGGCCCGACCUGCGCGGUCUGGAGUGUGACUUGGCCGACGAAGCUGGUGGGGCAGCCCCCUGGUGAGGGCAGCAGGUGAUGAAGGGAGUGAGUGAUUUUCUGAGAAGGAAUCCAGAGAAACCCCUCGUGAUGUCCUUCCAUGGCUCAACUGGAACAGGCAAAACCUUUGUGAGCUCCAUGCUCAUUCCAUUACCUCUUCCAAGGGGACUUCAGAAUCCCUAUGUUCAUCAGUUCUCUCCAAUAGUGCACUUCCCCCAUGCUGAGCAGAUAGAGCAGUACAAGGAAAAUCUGAAGAGCUGGAUCCAAGGGAACUUGACGAAAUGUGGACGGUCAGCCUUUCUCUUUGAUGAAAUGGACAAGAUGCACCCAGGGCUGAUCGACGUGAUCAUGCCGUUCCUGGGACCUUCGUGGGUUGUGUAUGGGGCAAACUACCGCAAAGCAAUCUUCCAUCUUUCAUAAGCAAUGCAGGAGGGGGAGCAGAUCAACAAAAUGACCAUGAGUCUCUGGCAUGCCCACAAGGACCGAGAGGAGAUCAACCUGCAGGACCUAGAGCCAGCCAUCUCUAAGGCAGUGUUUGAAAACCCUCAAAGUGGAUUCUGGAAAUCUGGGAUCAUUAAUGACCACCUCAUUGAUUUUGUUGUGCCCUUCCUCCCACUGAAACGCCACCACCAUAAAGCAGUGUUUGUCAGCGAACUUGUUCAGCAAGGCCUUGAAAUACGUACAGGCGUUAUAGAGGAGGUGGCCGACAGCAUCCCUUACUUUCCAGAUGAAGAGAAAAUAUUCUCAUCAACAGGCUGCAAAACAGUGGCAUCUCGGAUUAGUUUUUUCUUCUAAUCAGUGGGCAAAGGCCUUGUUCAGAAACACAGGGGACAUGCUGUAAAGCACCAGAGCCUAGGGCUGGCCCUAUGAGCAACAGGUGCUGCAGGUUCCUUCUCAGCAGCACAAGUACUCUUCCCUCCUGAACUUGUCCUCUCCAGCCCCAAGGAGUCCACUGCAGGAUGCAGCAGCAGACCAAGUGAUGUUAUGUGAUUGUGUGUGAUUUAAAGCACUUCAAUGAUGUAUCCUUGGCCAGCUGAUGGUGGUUAUGACCAGAGUGACACAACACCCAAAGGAGAGGAAGAUGCCAAGAGAGCCUACCAUGUCAGGAAGGUUUCUUACCCACUUGAGCUUUUCUCUCUUCUGGCAGCUAUUGAUAUUCAACAUACUAUGAUUCUGACCCCACAGAAGAAUGUUUGGGUUUUUUUUUUCCCUACAGCAUUUAAACAUUUUUUAAAAUCUUUAUGUGUGGCUGCACCUUGCUCCUUUGUAUGACAUGAUGGUGCUGCUGUGGAGUCCUGCAGUGCUGGCCUAGGAAUAUCUCCAGCACUGCAGAAAAGGUGUUUUUUUUCCCCAAGGAAAUUUUAGAACAGGUGGUGUUAUGGGUGAAUAGGUUGGUAGGGACCAACUUCACCAUCAACAAGUGUGAUGGGGUAAUGGUACAACACUUGAUUUGCCAAGGUUCUUCCUGCCACACCCUUGUUUGUCUUUCUUUUAUGGUCCGAAGGAUUUCCUUGCAGCAAACCAGGAAAACAACAAAAAUACUUUUGCUCAUUUUA